AUGUCUACUAACCGAAACUCUGUUGUGUUCUGUGAUUUUGAUGGUACAAUAACUUCUGUUGAAACAUUUCUCGGAGUGCUGAAAACAUUUUCCCCUGAAUUAUGCUCUGUUUUAGUACCAAAAAUAUUUGCAAAAGAAGUUACGUUACGCGAUGGUGUUCGUCAAAUAUUACACUCAAUUCCAUCUAACCAGUUUGAGCAAAUUUUAACAUACAUUUCUGAUAAACCGAUUCGUAGUGGUCUUUCAUCUCUGCUUGAUUUCCUUGAUGAAAAACAAGUACCGUUUAUAGUUGUAUCAGGUGGUUUGCGUUCAAUAGUUGAAACAAUUCUCCGACGUGAACAAUUACUAGAUCGUUGUGCUUCUAUCUAUGCAUUGGACGUUGAUUUAAGUGGAGAAUAUUUAAAAGUGGAGUCAAAGUUUGAAAAUGGAAAUGAAUUAGUAGCAAAAGUCGAUGUGAUGAACGAUUAUUGCAAAGACGGUUUUAAUGAAAAGAUAAUUAUUGGCGAUUCCUUAACAGAUUUAAACAUAUCGAUGAAAGCUGAUCUUGUAUUCGCAAGAGAUUCAUUAUGUCAAUAUCUGAAAGAUGAAAACAAAUCCUUCUUCGAGUGGACGGAUUUUAAUGAUAUUAAAAUGCAACUUGCACAAAGAUGGAAAUAA